AGGUGUUGCUGGGAGAGACCCAAGCAGGAGAAGAAACACUGAAAUGGGCUGAGUAAGGUGAUGCCAAAUACUCACUCCAGCUGCCCUGGAGAGCCAGGAGAGGUGCUGGGGAGCUGCUGUGAUCUCAUUACCCUGGCAGUGGUGCAACUGCAGAAAUAACAGCGAGGUGUUACACAGGAAACAGAACAUGUUUCUCCUCAUGCAGCACAAGCGUGACCCAGACUUCAUGUAAAAAAGCUGCAAAUGGGGAUUUGUUCCCAAUUUCUGUUCUGUUUGCUGUUUCCCCAAAUGGGCUGGUUAAAAUGCUGUUUCAAAACCACCUGCAAAGAUGAGGUGCAGGAGGAGUAAAACCAGCGUGGGGCUUCUUAGUCCUUCCCUUUGCCAACCUUUUGGGUGGUGUUUGCAGAUGGUGGCAAUUCCAGGAGGGGUGUUCACCAUGGGCACCCACGAGCCCCAAAUCCAGCAGGAUGGGGAGGGCCCAGCCCGGAGAGUCCACAUUGACAGCUUCUACAUGGACCAGUACGAGGUCAGCAACCAGGACUUUGAGAGAUUUGUGAAUUCCACAGGCUACAUCACCGAGGCAGAGAAGUUUGGUGACUCCUUUGUGUUUGAGGGGAUGCUGAGUGAAGCAGUGAAGGCUGACAUCCACCAAGCCGUGGCAGCUGCUCCCUGGUGGUUGCCUGUGAAAGGAGCCAGCUGGAGGCACCCUGAGGGUCCUGGCUCCAGCAUCUCCAGCAGGAUGGACCAUCCAGUCCUUCAUGUGUCCUGGAAUGAUGCCCUGGCCUUCUGCACGUGGGCAGGGAAGCGAUUGCCAACCGAGGCUGAGUGGGAGUACAGCUGUCGAGGGGGCCUUGAGAACAGGCUUUUCCCAUGGGGCAACAAAUUGCAGCCCAAAGGGCAGCACUAUGCCAAUAUCUGGCAGGGAGAAUUCCCCACCAAUAACACAGCAGAGGAUGGGUACAAGGGGACUGCACCUGUUUCUGCCUUUCCCCCCAAUGGUUUUGGUCUCUACAACAUGGUGGGCAAUGCCUGGGAGUGGACAUCAGACUGGUGGGCUGUGCACCACUCCCCCCAGGACCUUCACAACCCUACAGGGCCAGCCUCGGGCACGGACAGAGUGAAGAAGGGUGGAUCCUACAUGUGCCAUAAGUCCUACUGCUACAGGUACCGCUGUGCAGCUCGGAGCCAGAACACCCCCGACAGCUCCGCGUCCAACCUGGGCUUCCGCUGCGCUGCCACCACUGCCCCAGGGCCACACUGACAGGGACAUGGAUGUUUCUCGGGCACAGCAAGGGCUGGAUCCCACCCCAGGGAGAACAAAUGUGAGCAGUGUCCCUUGCUGGUGACACACAAUGGAAAAACCUUGCUUGAAGUUCCUGCUGAGAGAAGAAAAAGCAGCACGAUUCAACAGCGCUUGGAGAACCUUUGUGUUCAUGAGCAACUUGGCCUGGAUUUAAAUCCUGACCAGAGUGGUUUGGAUUCAGCAGGAAAAAAACUGAGCAGAAACAUGCCAAUCAUGUUUUUAAAGAUUACUUAAUCCCAGAAUUACUUAGGCUGGAAAAGACCUCCAGAAUUAUUGAGUCCAAUCCUUGACUGAUCACCACCGUGACAACUACAACAGCUCCUCUUUAGCCAAGAUCUUUAUUAAUUAAUUUUAUUUAUGUAGAGCUUCUACACUCAAAUGCAAUAAGCAAAGACUUUAUAAACUUCUAGACAGCUUUAAAAGAAAUUCUAGGCAGUUAGGAAAUUCUAGGCAGCUUUGAGAGAGAAUGAAGGAGUCAAGAAUGAGGGCUGGGAGAUGACAGCUCUCCCCUCAGGCAGCUUUGUUACAUUCCACAGAUCAUGUCCAGAAAUGGGCUUCCUCUGGGGCUGCUCGUUAGGAAGUGCCUUCUGCAGCCAAGGGUGAUGAUCCUCAGGGUGAUGAUGAUUAGAAAUCUUGUGUAUAUUUGAAUAAAAUAUCAAGCAUUUGUUUAUGCCAAAGACUUUUAUUGAUGGAAAAACACAAUUUCCUUCGAAUUUCUUGGAUGCGGUGUAGGCUUAUUUUAGGGACUUGGAAAAUGCAAUCCUGGCCUCAUUAGGAACUGAAGCUAAUGAAUGAUUCCACUUGAAUAUAAGUCAUGGAAGUGAUGGUAGAUGGAACUGAGAGUCCUAAGACCUAAUAGGGUAAAUUUUUAAACUGUUUUGUUGAAAAUAAAAUUCCUCACUGAAAAGGAGAGGAAUUUUAGCAAGCGAGGAGGGAAAUGGGAGUAAUUGAAAGCAACCUCAUUUUGGGAUCUGAAUGUAACAGUGGAUUAGCAAGAGCCUUGGCACUGAUGCUGAUCCUUGCCAGUGUUGUCUUUGCUGUAAAAAAUUUGGUUUGAGUUUAAUUCAAAUCCAUCACCUGCCAGCUCCUUCUGCACUGGUUUCAUGUUGAAAAGAUGACACAGGAGAAUGCUUGGAGAGUCUUUCACCAAACACCAGCCUCCAGUGGGGUCCAGGUAAGCCCAGCUAGCAGAGAAAUCCAUUCCAGGACACAGCAUGAUGUGGCACAAUAUUGAGAUAUUGAUAAUUAAUACUGCUCUCAGGGAAGGGAGGAGGAGGGAGGAUGCUCAGAGCCUUUUGAGCUCUUUCACUGGAUUCAGUGUGGAAGAUCACACUGAGCUGUGAGGGCAGACUGGGGCUCUGAAGCUGAAAGGAGCCUGAAGGGGAAGGUGAACAGAAAUUCAGCAGAUAAAACAAAGGGAUACAACGAUUUCUUUUCUGGUUUCUUGAAGGGGAUUUUUGUUUUUAGCAGGAUUUUGGUCUACUCCCCCAGGCAGCUGCAAUGCCAAGGCAUGGUGGAGUAUAGUGCAGGAGCUGUAUGGAAAAAAGCCAUUAACAACUGUCAGGAUGGUUUAGAACUCUAUUAACAGUGAUUUUGGUUUUUU